AUGCUCAUUUGAUCUUUUCUGUGAGGUGUCAACAUGGCUGGAAUGCGGUUUCAGUAUGACGAGUCUGGCUCAACAUUUUUCUACUUUUUAACCAGCUUUCUGGGCCUGGUGCUCCUCCCGUGCACGUUUUACUUCUGGCCUGAUGGCACCAAGGAAGAGGAGAGAGACAACUGUGAAGUAUUCCAGAGAAAACAGGCGAGACUCAAGAAGCCGGAGAAAUGGAAAGGUCUUCGCAAAACCACACAACGAAUACUCAUCAUCAUCGGGUGGGCAUUGAUGGCCAUCCUGGUGUACAAGUUGCAGCAGUUUGACUAUGAAUAUGCCAACUUUGACCCUUAUGACAUCCUAGGGGUCAGCAUGAGUUCCUCCUUAGCCGACAUCAAGAAGGCAUACCGCAAGCAGUCCCUCAUAUACCAUCCUGACAAGCCAACGGGAGAUGAGCGCAAGUUUAUGAGGCUGAACAAAGCAUAUCGAGCCCUGACUGAUGAGGAUGCUAAGAGGAACUUUGACCGCUAUGGCAACCCUGAUGGUCCAGGGGCAAUGCACUUCGGCAUUGCGCUUCCCUCUUGGAUUGUGGAGAAGGAGAACUCUCUGUGGGUGCUUGGCCUCUACGGACUUGUCUUCAUGAUUGCGCUGCCCACCGUGGUUGCCAUCUGGUGGUACCGAUCCUCAAAAUUCUCCAAUGAUCAGGUGCUUCUGGACACAACACAGUUGUACUACUACUUCUUCCACAAGACCCCACACAUGGUGUUCAAACGUGCUCUCAUGGUGCUAGCUGCCUCUCUGGAGUUUGAGAAGGGACAUAACCCGGAGAUUGUGGAAAGACCAACCGACAAUAUAGAACUGCCACAGCUUAUCAAACAACUGCCCAACCUCGGGGAGAAGAACAAGGAGCGGCCGCUGUGCUUUGCAUACUCCAUGAAGGCGCGCUCCCUCCUACAUGCACACCUGUCCCGAAUGAGGCUCCCAGCUGACACUCUUGACCAGGACCGCCUCUACAUUGUCAAGUGCUGCCCCAUACUGAUCCAGGAGAUGGUGACGUGUGUGGCUCAGCUGAUCAUGUUAGCACACGCUGGUCGCAUCUCCCGCCUCCCGUCCCUUGACACCAUAGAGGCCUGCAUGAAGCUGUCCCCUCACAUUGUGCAGGCGCUCUGGGACUCCAAGAACCCACUCCUGCAGCUUCCACAUGUCACUGAGGACUCCCUCAGGCAUUUUGUCAGCAAGCGCCGGCCAGUCAAGACCAUAGAGCAGCUCAUUGCUCUGCCGGCCACUGAGAGGCGCCAUGUGCUGCGCUCCCUGUCUGAGGAGGAGUUCAAUGAGGUGAUGAUUGUGUGCCGCAGGAUGCCCAAGAUUGAGAUGGAGGUCAACUAUGAAGUGGUGGAUGAUGACGACAGUGGAGUGUUCACUGCUGGUGCCAUCGUUACCGUCACUGUCAACCUGCGCAGGCACACCAUGGGGGAGGUGUACGAGCAUAGCCUGCAGGAGGGCGAGCUCACCAAGGUGGAGGGAGGGCAGGAGAAGGAGGAGGAGCCGGCUGCUACCACUGUGGCCAAGAAGUCUGGAUGGAAGCCAAAGACACAGCCAAAGAAAGGAGGGAAGUCUAAGGCCAAAGCUCAGCCACAGAAGAAGAAACAGCAACAGCAGCAACAACAGCAACAGCAGCAGCAGCAUUCCAAUAAGAAGGAAGAAGAGGGUCAAGAGAAGAGUAAGAAACACAAAAUUGCAGGCGGGAGCCAGCAGGUGGAGCGAGUAGAGGCUGUGGUGGAUGAGAAGGGGGAGCAAGUGACUGAUGAUGAUGAGUCUGCCUCACAUUCGGAUGAGUCACAGGCGGAGGAAGCUGAUACAGAGUCCCACAAGGAUGAGAAGCAGGCGAGUGCCCUUGAUGACGACGCUGAGUGGGAGAGGUUCCAGAAGGGCCUGACCAAGAGGGAGAAGGCUUUGGAGGGGAAGUCAAAGAUGUCCCACACUGUGCACUGCCCCUUCUUCCCUGAGGACAAGCAGGAGUAUUGGUGGACCUACGUGUGUGAUAGGAAAAAACAUAUGUUGGUUACUGCACCAUAUCAGAUCACCAACCUCGUAGAUCAAGAAGAGGUCCAGCUCAAGUUCACAGCACCCCCACGACCAGGUAUAUACUCCUACCAAGUCUGCCUUCGGUCUGACUCCUACCUAGGCUUAGACCAAACCCAGGACAUCAAGCUGGAUGUCAAGGAGGCAAGAGAAAUCCCCACAGAACACCCGCAGUGGGAGACUUCCAGCGACGAGGAGGAAGAGGAUGAGAAUGAGGUGGCCAGAGAUGAGGGAGAUGAUUCCGAGUACACUACCGAUGAUGAGGUGACGGAUGAUAGUGGAGAAGAGUGAGCAGGAACAGUAAGGGAAGAUGGAGGAGAUGGAGGUUUUGGGAGUGUGAUCGUUGGAUUUAUACUAAAGAUGAGAUGCGUAUGGGUAAUGAGCAUGUGGAAGUGAGAAAGAGGAGGGAGAGGAAAGUGAGGAGACAGAGGCAUAGAGAUAAUAAACAGGAGCUGGGAAGAGUUACAAAAAAUGUGGAGUUAUGGAAAGAGAGGAAGGAAGGAUGGAUGGAUGGAUGGAUGAAAGCAGGAAAAGCAAAGAAAUGAAAUAAAUAACAGGCGUUGAGAAAGGGGAGAAGGAAAAUUUGAGAGCCAAAGUAUAAGUAUAUUGAGACCAUGUUGUCAUUCCACACACCCAUUUAAUGUACAUCACACUGUCCUUCUUCUGCUGUGGGAAGUGAUGCUCAGGUGCCCACAGUGAGUCAAGAUGUUUACCCAGGAUGGUGUGCAGUGGCUGUAACUUACGGGCAAGAUGUGUGAUGUGAAGUGAUGAUGUGGCACAUUAGAGGCUGUUUUAGGCUAUUAGGAGGACCAGACAGGAGGCCUAGGGUGUGUAUAGGCCUUCCAUCUUUAUCCUCAUGGCUUGGUGUGUUGAAUUAGUCUGCGCCCAUAUGAGAGAGAGAGAAAGAGAUGGACCGGCCAAUCAAAACUUGUCAGGAGAUGGUAUUGUGGAUUACAUUCGCUCAAAGGAAUGGAGUGAGAUGUUUUUAUUCCAGUAGUGUGUUGCUGCUGACUGUCUGGAAGGUUGUUUUUAAGCUAAUUUAUAUACGGGAGAAGGGAUGAAAAGGUGCAUGAAGACUUGGGAGAUGGGUUGAAGAUUAAUUUAAGAUUUUGGAAUACAGAUACAUCUUACUAUAAGGGAUUAGGAGGAGGGUUAUGUAAAAUUUAAACUUUCUGUUAAGGUGUAUAAGAUAUUGGAUUAUGGGAACUGGAAGCUUUCCUGAAAAGUGAAAAAAUAGUGAAAAGUUCCAUAAGAGAAUUUUGUUUUUGGUAUGUCAUACAAAAAAUUGCUUUCUAUUACUGUGUAUAAGAUCCCUAUUUACUGGAAAAAGGGACCUGGAAGCUUUCCUGAAAAAAAAAAAAAUCCAUGAGAGAAAAGUUUUAUUUUCUCAAGUUACUUGGAAAAUAUGGUUUAACAAAUGAAAAGGUAUAAGAAAUAAAGGAGUGAUCUAGCUAACAUAUAAAGAAGAAUAGAGCAAACAAAACAGAAAACAAGCAAGCAACUCUAAAAGGUUUCAUUAAAUAAAGGAAUGAAACUGAAUUUGAGAAUCCUUAGAGAAAGAAAUAAGAGAAAAAAAACCAUUCCAUACUUCAUCAUCCAAGAACACCAGAUUGAAGCAGAAGGGCAUGCAUAAAGUUAC